AUGCCGAGUAAAAGAAGUAGCAAAAGUAUAACACCAAGCCGUGGUAAGGGAGAUAAUUCAUCAAGUAAUAGUGAUGAUACAGACAGUGACAGCUCAUCUAGUAGUGGAUCAUCAAGUGGUAGCAGCAAUCGCCAAGAAUUGAGAGAAAAUCAAGGUCAAAAUCUGGGUCUCCAGAUCGGAACAUCAGAAAAGAGGAACUCAAGGUCAAGAUCUGGGUCACCACACAGCAGAAGGGAAUCUAGGUCAAAUUCUAAAGAUCCCCCAAAGAGAAAAUCAUCUAGAUCUAAAUCCAGGUCGAAAUCAAAGUCACCACAGAGGAAAGAUGAGGAACACCAACAGGAAAGAAAAUCCUCACCUAGCAGAUUAGAUGUAGGAACACCAGAAAGGGAAGAUGAUAAUGUAGAGUUAUCCCUUGACAGGGAAACAUCCAUAUCUCCUCUUCGUGAAAAAGAUGACAGUGAAGCCCAGUCCAAGACACAUUCCAGAAAGAAUUCUGAAUCUAAGUCUGAGUCACCAGAUGCAACCAAAUCCAUGUCAAAAUCUCCAGAACGACGUUCCAAGUCCAGGACUCCACCUCAUCAUGACAUGAGUAAAUUCCAUAGUGAGCCAGAGAGUGGUGAGAUCACAGACAGCGAUGAUGAAGCACCUGUUGUUCUCAAAUCUGCAGUCGAGGUUUCAAGAAGAAGAGGGAGAGAGGAUGGCGAAUAUGACAGUGAUAGUAGUCGAGAUAGAAAGAGGAGGAGAGGUGGUCGUCACAGCAGCAGUGAGGAUGAUCGAAGGUACCGACGUGAUGACAGGCGUCAGGAUGAUAGACGUGAUAACAGGCGCCGUGAUGAUUACAGGGAUCGGUACAGAGAUGAUAGACGAAGAGAUGAUCGAGGAAGGAGAGAUGACAGAAGAGAACGUAACUAUGAAAGUCGAUACAGGGAUGAGGACCGUAAUGGAGGUCGCAGACGAGAUGAUGAUCGCAGACGAAAUGAUGAUCGCAAGAGAGAUGAUGACAGACGUAGAGAUGAACAUAGAGACCGGGAUAAAAUAACUACUAAUGACAAGAAAGGAAGUGAGGAAGGAAAAGCUGAAGAAAAAAUGGACAAAACAAAAGGUGAAGAAACCACAACUCCUGUUGCAGCUAAGCCAUCAGCCUUAACAACAAGGACAGGAGGUGCUUACAUUCCUCCAGCUCGUCUCCGAAUGAUGCAGGCAGCCAUUACUGAUAAAUCUAGUUUGGAGUACCAGAGGAUAGCAUGGGAGGCACUGAAGAAAAGCAUCAAUGGUCUAGUGAACAAAGUUAACGUGUCUAACCUGGUAGAUAUUGUCAAGGAGUUGUUCCAGGAAAAUAUUGUCAGAGGAAGAGGUCUGUUGUGUCGGUCUGUGAUCCAGGCCCAAGCAUCCUCACCAACCUUCACCCACGUCUACGCUGCUUUGGUGUCUGUCAUUAAUACCAAGUUUCCACAAAUUGGGGAGCUCAUGCUUCGUCGUCUGGUGAUUCAGUUCCGUAGAGGAUUUAAACGUAAUGACAAGUCCCUGUGUCUGUCCACGACACGAUUUGUAGCUCAUCUUGUCAACCAGCAGGUGGCACAUGAGGUGAUAGCUCUGGAGAUACUGACGCUUCUACUGGAAAAUCCAACAGAUGACUCAGUGGAAGUAGCUAUUGGUUUCCUAAAGGAGUGUGGUCAGAAACUGACUGAGGUGUCGCCCAGAGGAAUCAAUGCUAUAUUUGAGAGACUGCGGAACAUCUUACAUGAGGCCAUGAUUGACAAGCGUGUCCAGUAUAUGGUGGAGGUGAUGUUUGCUAUCAGGAAAGAUGGCUUCAAGGAUCACCAAUCUGUCUUAAGUGAACUAGAUUUGGUAGCUGAGGAGGAACAGUUUACACACCUUCUAACAUUGGAGGAUGAGGGCACCACGGAGGAUAUACUGAAUGUGUUUAAGGCUGACCCUGAAUAUCAGGAAAACGAGGAGAAAUACAAAGCUCUGAAGCGAGACAUUCUGGAUGAAGAUAGCUCUGAUGAAGAUGGGUCGGGCAGUGGGUCAGGAAGUGACAGUGAAAGUGACGACGAUGAUGAAGAUGAAGCUGAGAAUCAAGUGAUUUUGGACAAAACUGAGACAAACUUGGUAGCACUGCGUCGCACGAUCUACCUCACGAUCCAGUCUAGUCUCGACUUUGAGGAGUGUGCUCACAAACUUCUUAAAAUGGAGCUCAAACCUGGCCAAGAGGUAGAGUUAUGUAACAUGGUGUUGGACUGUUGUGGGCAACAAAGGACCUACGAAAAGUUCUUUGGUCUGUUAGCACAGAGAUUCUGUAUGAUCAACAAGAAGUUCAUAGGCCCAUUCCAGGAUAUGUUUAAGGAACAAUACGAAACCACACAUCGUCUGGAAACCAAUAAACUUCGCAAUGUCGCCAAAUUUUUCUCCCAUCUUCUGCAUACUGAUGCUAUUUCCUGGGGUGUGCUGUCCUGUGUGCGGCUGAAUGAAGAGGACACAACGUCAGCCAGUAGAAUCUUCAUCAAGACUUUGUUCCAGGAGUUAUCGGAGUAUAUGGGUCUUCCUAAGUUAAACGCUCGGCUGCGGGAUCCAACUCUGAUGGAAUUCUUUGAGGGACUGAUGCCUCGUGAUAAUCCAAGGAAUACCAGAUUUGCUAUCAACUUUUUCACUACCAUAGGACUUGGAGGGUUGACGGAUGACCUACGUGAUCAUCUUAAAAACAAGUCAAAACAGCUAAUGCAACAGAAAGCAGCAGAGGCUGAUGAGGAUUCAUCAUCGUCAUCUUCUUCAUCAUCUUCUUCCUCAUCAUCAUCCUCAUCUUCCUCAGAUUCCAGUUCAUCUUCAUCAUCAGAGAGUUCAUCCGAGGACGACACACCUGCAAAAAGAAAGAAGUUUAGAAAGGAGAAUAAGGGACAUUCACAAAAAGAGAAGGAAGUAAGGAAUAAAAAUCAGCUUGCCAAUACAAAGCAGCAAAAACACAGACAGACAAGUGACUCUGAUGAGGAGGAGGAAGAAGAGAGAAAUCGACAGGGAAGAAGAAGAGAUAAAAGUGUUAAAGAUAAUCCUAAGAAUGUUAAAGAUAAAAAAGACAACAGAAACAACAAAAAAGGAAGGAUGGAUAAUUCUAAAGAGAUAGUUAUAGAACGCAGUAGAGGUAAAGACUAUCAGGACUACGCAGAGGAAGAUAAAAUGAAGGAGAGAAGGGAUAAACGAGGAAGAAACGACAGUGAGUCCGAGGAGGAUAGGAUGGAUAGGAGAGAAACAAGUAAUCACAGAGGUUAUGAAAAUGACAACAGACAAAGAAGGAACGAUAGAAGAGAUAAAGGAUAUAGUGAUUCAGAGGAAGAAGAAUUGAUAGAGAGAAAGGAAAAAGGUCGAGAUAGGCAGAGAAACAGUGAUGUUAGAGAGACAAAUAGUAGACAGAGCAAUGAUAAACAAAUUAGGAAAGAUAGGCACAAUCGAAAUGAUCAACAACAAAGUAAUGAUCGUGAAAGUAGAAAUAACUGGCUACAGAAUAAUGAUCAUGAAAAUAGGUAUGAUCAACAUGAAAAUGCUCAAAGACGAAAUAGGAACGAUAGAUAUGAAAAUGACCAAAGGCAAAGUAGAAGAGAUCGACAACAAAAUGAUGAACGGCAAAAUAGAAAUGAUAGAUAUGAAAAUGAUCAGCGACGAAGUAGAAGUGAUCGACAACAAAAUGAUGAAAGGCAAAAUAGAAAUGAUAGACAACAAAGUAAUGAAAGACGAAACAGAAAUGAUAGACAACAAAGUGAUGAAAGGCAAACUAGAAAUGAUCGACACAACAGCGUUGAAAGACAAGUUAGGAAUGAUAGACAAAAUUAUGAAAACCAAAAUAGAUACGAAAGGCAACAAAGGCAGAGAGCUGAUAGUGACUCUGAUGAGGAUGCCAUGAAUACAAGUAAAUCCAGGGAUAAUGACCAGAGGCAACAACGAAACAACAAGAGAAGUAGACAGAGAGAAAGUAGUGAUGACGAAGUUACUGAAAGAAAGAAAAGUAGAGGAAAGGAACGUAAUACAGGUAAUAGGCAGCAGAGAAAUGAAAGACCACAGCAGGAAUUUAGCAGUGAUUCCGAAGAGGAAGUUGAUGCACGCAAGAAAAAGGAAAAUAAAAGACAUUCUGAAAACGAUGAAAGACUGCAAAGAAAUGAUAAUAAGCAACGCAAGCAACAAGAUUCAAACAGUGAUUCUGAGGCGGAAAUUGUAGAUAGGCGGAAAAGUCAAGGUAAUCAGAGAAAUAAUGAUAUUGUACAAAGGAAAGUAGCUAGAAGGAGUGCCUCUAGUGAUUCCGAGGAGGAAAUUACAGAUCGAAGAAAAAGUAGGGGACAAGAAAGUUCAAGAGUUAAGAAUGACGAAAGACUACAGACGGAUAAAAGGCAAACAAAAGAAGCAAAUAGUGAGUCGUCAGAGGAGUCUGAUGAUAGAAAAAUAACUCCAGGAAAGGUUAAAAGUGUAAAAAGUGUUGUAAAUGAUAAAAGAGUACCGCAGAAAAAACGAGAAUCUGUGAGAAGGGAGUCGAGUAGCAGCAGCAGUAGUAGUAGCAGUAGUAGUAGCAGUGAUGACAGCAGUAGUAGUAGUAGUAGUGAUAGUAGUAGCAGCUCAGACUCCGACUCCGCAGAGUCUGUUGUAGUGGAGCAGAAAAGUAAGGAGAAAAGCAAGCCAAAACCCAAAUCUACAAACGAUACAUAUUUUGAUCCGUGGGAAAGGCAAAAGAAAGAUGACAAGCAGGAAACCACAUUCAAGGCAGCACAAUAUGCCAAGUUAGAUAGAAACAGGACUGGAACAUCAAGACGGGAGGAAAACGUAAACAGAAACGUAAGGAACGAUAGUUCUUCUGAGGAAAGUAGUGAAGAAGAAAGGGAACUGGAGAGAUACAGUAGGGCUGAUAAAUCUAGAGAACAGUCACGCAAGACAGAUAGAUUUGAUCAAGAUAGUGAUAGUGAAGAAGUUGAUCAGCAAGACCAAUAUACUAAAAAUAUACAGAACAAAGACAGAAGGUCACGAAAUGGCACGGAAGAGCAGAGGUACAGAACAAGAGAACAGAUUAGGGAGAAAUCAGGGAAAAAAUCCCAACGUCAAGCAGAUAGUUCUGAUGAAGAAGUACGUCUUAAUAGGAGUGAUUUAUCGCGAAAGAGAGACAGAAAGUCUUUCAGGGAUGAAGAAGAAAGCUCUUUUAGACCUCCUGAAAAAUACAGGAAAAAGGCCAAAUAUUCAGAUAGUGAGGAGGAGGAGGAGGAAAGCUCUAGCAGAAAAAGCAUAUCUGGUAGUAAGUCUCGUGAUACUUCAAGGGACCUAUCUCGAGACAAGUCAUCCGAAAAGUUACAGAAAAAAGACCAAUAUUCACGUGAAACACGAAACAAUUACGAAGACAGUCCCAAAAGGUCAUAUAGCAAAUCAUUAAAAAGUGUUGAUGUGUCAAAAAAAUCGAAAAUUCAAGAAAAGUUGAGCAAAAUUGCUAGUGAGGAUGUUAUUGAGGACUAUGAUCGUAGUGAGAGAGGGAGAGACAAUAGUAGGGACAGAUAUCGGAGUAGGGAGAGAUACAGGUCACGUUCUCCAGUACGUAGGGACAGGGAGGUAGAUAGUCGCUGGGGAUAUGGGGAUAGGAGGAGAUGAUGUUCCCUGUCUCUAGGUUCCUUGGUUGUCGCACAAUGUUCAUAUUAUUCUGGCUCUCUUGAAAGUUUGAAGGAAUACUGACUAGGGUUUUCAUGCUACAUUUUUGUUCAAAGAAGAAAUUUCAUACUUGUUAUUUUAUUUGUCAGUUAGCUGACCUUUAAUGAUAAGAUCACUCACAGUUUUUUAAAGUUUCAAUAAUGCUAGUAAUGAUUGUAUCAUUGCCUUGUCAUGAGCUGUCCUAUCUCUUUACUUAGAAGUCACAGGUUAUAUGUUGGCACCCCUGUCUUACUGUAAAAUCACAUGUUUUUGUUUGGCUUAAACUUCUUGUUUUUUUCAUUGGCACUUGAUUUUGUUGGUAAAUUUUUCUCACAAAACAUGUUAGACAUGUUAUCUAUGUCGUUUUUUGUCUGUUUAUCAUUUUGUGGACAUGAAUAAAUAACACCCUUGAUAUCAGUAAAGAUAAAUCCUCCAUGAAAAUGAAUGAUUAACAAUAUACAAUUAAAGUGACUUUUCGUGGUAUUUAAUUUUCACCUGUUUAAACACAGAAGGCUUUCAAGGUAUUCAAUAUUCCUUUUUGCCUGUCUUUUGGGACGACCUGUUGUGGCUUGUCAGAUAUUUUUUCAUUUUUUUCCCUUAUGAAACACAAAUAAAACCCUUGAUUGUAAUACCGAGACACUAGUAAUUAGUAAUUCAAACUCUCUUAAUUUAUUGAUUAUAUUUAAAACUGAAUUUCUGUCUUUCACUUUAUUAUUUCACAGUUUCGACCUACAGGUUUUCUAUAGAUUAAUAACAUAAAGCUAAACAUGAACAGGUGCAGGGAAUGAUUUUUUUUUUAGGAAUUGAAUUCAAUUGUUUUAGUACCACAAAAGUUUGCAUGAGACGUCUUAUUCUUUCAGACAUUGGAGCAUCAAUGAUAAUAGUAAUAUGUUAAGGGCAGCAUAUAUUUGUCGUGCUACAAUUGGAUUCUUAAGAAAAAGAGACGGCCGUCUCUUAACUGUGACUGAAUGCUUUUCUUGUACUUAUGCUUAGACUUUCCUGGAAAUCUUGAUUAAAUUUAAACAAUCUAGUAAGUCAUCAUAAAGGACUUUAAUUAAGUAUAGCAGGAGCUUUUAUAUAUUGAUCACAUGAUUAUAUUUUGAAUGCAACAUAGCCCCGUUACCCCACAUUACCAAAAACACUCUCGGUAUUAUGCUUUAUACAAUUUUCAUUACAUUGAUACAGAAAUUUUUGGUGCCCUUUAAUUGAAGAUAAUUCCGAAUUUUACUGAUUGUAAAUAAAGUGCCUUCCUCAUUUCUGUUGUGAUUUGUUCUGAAAUAUCUGUUUGAGAGUUCUAAUCAGUUGUGAAAGAAAAUCAUUGUAUUUCUAAAUACUAACAAAUUUUAUCAAAUUGUUGUAUAAGUUUUAGAUAUUCAAAUAGGGUACAAGUAUGCUAUUGACUUCACAGAAAAUUUCUGUUAAUUUUGUGGGUCGGAGGGCUUGUUUGUGUAGUACAUAAAUGCUGUUACUUUGUUUCUUUUCUGUACAUUUUUGUUGGUUUGAAAGAAAAAAAUUCUAAUUUCUGUUUUCCUGCAUUUUACACUGACCUGGAAUAAGCCAACCCCCUUGACCUUGGUAGAAAUUGGUGUGCUGACCAUUGGGCUUAUUUCAUGAUAAGCACAGCAGCAGAUUAUAUUGGGUGAAAGACCAGAACACUGAUAUCUUUGUCUUAAAACUUACUGCGAGUUUCACAUGAAAUAGAAAUGAGGAUUAAACACUGCUUUUGAUGUAACAGGGAAUUAGAACACUUCAUUGCCAGUCAGUGAUUUAUUUACAGUUCUUAAAGGCAAGUUUGGAAUGCUGUUUAGUCUGGCUAGAAACGUAUGUCCAGUAAUAAGCCCACCCAUUUUCAUUUUUCUUCAAAAGAAUUCAAAUUCUUUAUUGCUGUCCUACAAUAAGUCUGCCAAUCUGCUCAGGGUUAAAGUUGGUAUGUUGGCUCCUUGGCUUACUUCAAGAUAAGUAUGAUAAAAAAAUUCUGCCGAGUCCCAUAAGGAAGACAUGAGACAAAGAUGUCUGUCCUAAGAAUUGCUGAAAGUUUAUGUUGUGUAUAGACAGUGUAUAACCAGUUUAUUUGUUGAGGCCUAUGUUGAUUUGUAGACCAGGUACAAAAGUAUGUAUUAACUGUUGUCUUUAUUUUGUGUAGGCAAUAUCUCUUUUUUUUUUUUUAAUGAUUCAAAUUUUGAUUGUUGCAUCAAAAGCUUGAAUAAAAAAGUACAGAAUUUUCACUUAAGUAAUAAAAAAAAUAAGGAAAAAAUGAAUGGAUCUCCUGAUUAUGUUUAUUUAAAGUAAAUAUCUAUUUUCAUGAUUUUAUUCCAAGUUGGAAGAAAUGUGAACUUGUCAAAAGUAGCAUGGACAUUUUACAGAAAGAUAUUGAAAUAUCACAUUGAUAUUAUUAGAUGUGCACUUGUGCUUUUUUAUUUUCAUUUGUUGCUUUUCUCUAACAGUCUAUACAGUCACUACAUUGUGACUUAUGAAAGAAAGACUAUUUGUUAGAUAUUUAGUUUUUCCUACAAUGCUUAUAUUUAUUUCAUGUUUUGGUUUUCAUGUCCUUUUCAUACAUUACGGGCUGUGAUAGCUCAUUAAAUGAGAGCAAUGGCAUAUGUGAUCUCAGUUAAAGAACUGAAGAUACGAGGUGCAUGGUCCAGCACUUCCUGUCCGACAGUUUGUGUUUCUGAGGAAGCUGAAAACUGACCCAUGUGUUUCUGAGAAGCUGAAAACUGACCACUUUCUGCUGACAUUUUUGUAUCCGUGGGUAUCGCUUUACCCUUAUUGCUCAAAACGGUAAAGGACGGGCCUCCUGUAUGUUGUUCAGUGAGGUAGCCACCAACUACUACAGGGAGACCAUAUGCCUCAAAAUUACCCAGGCUGUUCACGGGGCAAUGAACUCAGCAUACAAAACAAUUUUCCUGCAUCCAUCUAGAAUGGGACCUCUGGGUAUGCUAAUAUGUUAUUAUCAUUAACAAAGUUUUGUCUCUACCUUAAAUUUCUUGUUAACUCGGUUUCUGUCAUCAAAUUUCAUAAACAUUAGUUUCUCAUGGGAAGACAUAUUGUUACAUUCGUAAGCAUAUUUUGUUGCCUUCAUUUAGAAUUAUAGGUUUGAUUCCAAAUUUUUUCUCGGAGAACUCUUGUAUAGCGAGUUUUGUAAAAAACAUGAAAUAGCAAGGAAGGUUGUUGGUCUUUUGCCUCAACAUAUACAAGUGUUUAGUUCAUAUAUCAUUCCAAAUUUAAAGGUAAACAUUUUUUUCAUUAUCCUGUACAGUGUAUACCAGAUAAGGAAUACAAAUGUAUCCAAUAGCUGUUCCUUCAAAAUGACACUUGACUACAAAAAUGUGAAAAUUCUAAUGCUGUUGACAAGCUUUUAAUGUCUUUGAAUACAAACAAAACUGGGUUAGUGCUAAUCAGUCUUUUGUGAAGCCUGUCCAUCAUGAUAGGCCCCAAAGUACAAUAUUGUCUCUAAGUUGGAACUCAAAAGGUUCCGAUAUAUUUCAGUAUAUAAUUGCCAUUUUUGUUGGCAUUUUCUUUUUUUAUUUUAUUAAAUAGUGCUUUGACGUUUGAAUGUUUAACAUCAUAUCAUGUGAUGCAUGUUUUGGUGCCUAAUGAUCGAGGAUAUGUGUUUAAUUACUGAGAAAUAUUUUGGUCCAAGUCUUUGUAAGAUAAUGGUAUGGGUGUUUAUGAUGUUUAUUUCAUGUGAAUAUGGAAAUUGUCAUGUAAUUUUCUGUUACAGGGUUUCAGAAACUGUAAACAUGAUCAAUUAAUGCUAUUGUAUGAAUGUCGGUGAAAGAAUUGAGUAUAUAGAUUUUUGAUACAAAGAUGGCCGUGAAAAUGAAGAUAAAAAAGUAAUAACAGCAAACUGUUUUUUGGUAUUAUUUAGUAGUUACAACCCCAAUAAUGUCAACAAUUUGACAAAAUUUAGAUUUAAAAAAUCAGGACACGGUGUACUCUGUCCAUCAGGAGUAUUUCUGUCUCAUGAUCUCCUGUCUCAAUAGAUCUCUUUUCCAUGACUUAAAGUUAUGAUUUUCUAUUUUGGUUCAAAUAUUUUGGAAGAGUUAAUGCUCUUCGGACAUUCAGCUGUUUUCCACAAUGAUAUUUUUGAAUUUCUGUCCCAAAAAGAUAUCUAUCACUUUCCACCAAGCACUGAAAAUUGGCAGGGCUAUUUAUCAUUACAUGAAGUUUGUUUACCUCCAGGAAACUGGAUAGUGUUCUGUUUUGAAUCAACAACUGUAGAAAUUUUAUUAAAAAAUUUC